AUGCCGCCCUACCGAACUGUCGUUCAACGUCGCUAUGCAGUAUCACUGCCGCGUGCACCAGUGCAUUCUGUAACUGUAUUAACACUCAUCCCCUCAGGCUUUAUCACGGCACCAAGGUACUCAUCAUGCACCAGUGCAACUCCCCCAUCAAGUGGACAAUCCACGACAACAACCAAACCCACCGCGCCCACCACGCCUGUCUCUGAUUGCCUCAAAGUGCAGGUCGACGAGGAGGGUUACGAGCCAAAGGCGCAAUUGACACCCACCCAUUCCCUCGAUGCCACCGAUCCAGUUGGUCCGGUUCCUAGCGACCCAGCUUCGGAGAACAGAUCCGCAUAUUUUGAGCGUAGACAUCAUUCGAAGUGUCCUGACGUCGUGACGGUUUGGUUUGCAUCAUGUGGUGCCCUACCACUCCCUCACCCACCUGAUACAUUCCACUCUGAGGCAUCGCCCGAAGAAUACGACCUCUUUGUCCAUACCUUUGGGACGGAGACCGAUAUGUGGAUCUGGGUCGAAGGUUGGAAACCGGUGCAACAAGGUUUCUCUACAUUCAUUAAUGGUAGGCUUCGCUACUUGACCGUGAGCAAAGGGAAACCUAGCUGGGUUAAGAAAGAGACAUAUGAUCGCUCGCUGUCAAAAAGGAAAGGGAAAUGUGACGGAUAG